CUCUCCGGUUGCUAUGGUGCCAGCGGUAGUUGCUGUGGCGUCCCCCGGGGCUGACGCGUUCCUCCCUUGGUGCUGUUGUGUUUGCUGAGACUUGUUGUCAUGUUGUGGUUGUGCUGUCAGUUGGGACAGCGGGAACAGAACCGGGAUGGAUUGAGAAGAUCCCGGGGACGUCCUGCUCAUAGUGCACAUCUACUCUGCUGCACACCAUGCUGGAGAAGGUCCUCACCUUCCUCUUCCCCAACCUCACCGCCAGAGACCAGCCUCCAGAUCGAGGACAUGACAAGCAGCCGGGAGGGGGCCUCAAGCCUCUGCUCCAAGGAGAGAACAGCAUCGAGGACUUCAAUGUCCUCAACCUCCUCGGAAAAGGCUCUUUUGCCUGUGUUUACAGGGCACAGUCCAUCAAUACUGGCAUCGAGGUUGCUAUCAAAAUGAUCGACAAAAAAGCAAUGCAGCGGGUGGGCAUGGUGCAGCGGGUGCGCAAUGAGGUGGAGAUCCACUGCCAGUUGAAGCAUCCAUCUAUCUUGGAGCUUUACAACUAUUUUGAAGACGGUAAUUAUGUAUACCUGAUAUUGGAAAUGUGCCACAAUGGAGAGAUGAACAGAUACUUAAAGAACAGGAAGAAACCAUUUACUGAAAAAGAAGCUUGUCAUUUCAUGGACCAGAUAGUGAAGGGGAUGCUGUAUCUACAUUCUCAUGGCAUUCUGCACAGGGACCUCACUCUUUCCAACCUCCUGCUCUCCAGCGACAUGAAUAUUAAGAUUGCAGACUUUGGACUAGCAGCUCAGUUGAAAUUGCCGAAUGAAAAGCACUUCACAAUGUGCGGAACACCAAACUACAUUGCCCCUGAGAUUGCUACCAGGAGUGCGCACGGUCUUGAAUCUGAUGUUUGGUCCCUUGGGUGCAUGUUGUAUACGUUUCUUGUUGGGAGACCUCCUUUUGACACCGACACUGUGAAGAACACUCUGAAUAAGAUAGUUUUGGCAGACUAUGAGAUGCCCAGUUAUUUGUCUAGGGCGUCGAAGGAUCUGAUCUUUCAGUUGCUACGCAAAAACCCUGCGGAUCGGUUAAGUCUUUCAUCUGUGCUGGACCAUCCAUUUAUGACGGCACGAUCCUCCUCCACCUGUGACGAUAUCGGAGCUGUAGAAGACUCCAUAGACAGUGGUCAUGCUACCAUUUCUACAGGAUUUACUGGUUCUUCUGGGGUUAGUGUUAGUGGGCGCUUACAGGAAAAAAGGAUUUUGUCAGGACCUUCGCUUCCCAGCAAGAUGAAUAUCUUUCAAUUCAAGGAUAGACAACCGAAUGAUGGUUUAACAGUGGAUGGUGGAAGCUUCUACAGUUGUCAGCGAGAGGAAAAUGACUCUGAGAGGAGGGGGAGGAAAACUGUCGUCAGUGAAGAGAGGCCCCGUUCCCGCUACCUUCGAAGGGCUCACUCUUCUGACAGAACUGGCACCUCUCGUAGUCAGACACAUAGUAAACCAAACAGCUUUGCGGACAGAUGCCACUCUGUGGAGACAUUGAAUAAGCCUGGUCACCUAAGUGGGUACAGGACCUCCACAUCCUCUCCUGCCAACAGUUAUGGAGAUCUACCUCAGAUGUUUCCAGAGAAAGCUGCCCAUGGCUCUUUGGAUAGACUUCCCUCUCCUCCAGUCAAAGAGAAAACUCUGUCUGAAUUUUUCUGUCCUCCACAACUCUCAGGUGUCAGGUCUGAUGAAAGGGGCCAAGCUGACACUGUGCAGCAAUGGUUCGGAGCCAUGCAACUAAAUGGUCAAAUGCAAAGAACUCAGGAUGUCAGCGAUGUAAGUAAUUCUGCUGCAAAUUAUUACGGCCAACCGGCCAUACAGCAGGAGACGCCCAUGUACAACUGGAACGAUGUGACGGUGAAAAAAGUGACAGACUCUUCCCUUGACUUUGCUCACAAAGGAAUGAGAACAUUUCCAGUUUCAGAAGAAAAUCCACACAAAAAAAAGUCUAAGAUACCUCAACAAGCUGCAAGCUACUGCUCCCUGAGGAGCAUAAUUCCUCCACUUAGUUCAGAAAGACUGAAGCCUAUCAGACAGAAGACCAAAAAUGCUGUGGUGAGCAUUUUGGAUACUGGAGACGUUUGCAUGGAAUUUCUGAAAGAACAGAACUCUCAGGAACAAGUCAAAGAGGUUUUGCGUAUAUCCGGUGAUGGGAAUUUGAUUUAUAUUUAUCAUCCAAAUGAAGGCAAGGGGUUUCCUUUGGUUGAUCGACCUCCAUCUCCUCCUGAGAACAUGUUAAGUUACACAUUUGACAGUUUACCAGAAAAGUACUGGAAAAAAUACCAGUAUGCAUCAAAGUUCAUCCAGCUUGUAAGGUCCAAAACACCUAAAAUUACCUACUACACUAAAUAUGCAAAAUGCAUGUUAAUGGAGAACUACCCCAAUGCUGACUUUGAGGUCUGCUUCUAUGAUGGAGCAAAAAUUCACAAGACAGUUGACUUCACUCGAGUAAUAGAGAAGUCUGGAAAGUCCUACACCCUGAAAGAUGGGAGCAGAGUCAAUGGCCUGACUGAGGAAAUGAAGUGCUAUGUGGAUCACGCCAAUGAGAUUCAUCAGCAUUGCCUGUCUUUGGAGUCCGUUUUAAUUAUAGAAGAAAAGAAGGAAGAAAAUUUCCCGUUAUUUCCAAAUAUAACUGGAAGGAGACCAGUAAGCACGGAUUCCCCUAAACCACCAGCACGAGGUGUACCUUCUGGGGAGUCAGUAUGUGGACACAAGGAUCAGAACCCUCCUAAUCGGGCAUCGGGCUGCUCAACCUCACCACAGGUGUCUAAUGUCGAUCCUCCUAUUCUUUCCUAUGAGGAAUCUGUAUUUUCGGCUCGAAGUGCUCCUUCCUCCAACGCUUCAAAAAGUCACACUCCAGAUUCUGGCCACGUCUUGAAGUCUGUUUUUGUUAAAAAUGUUGGCUGGGCAUCUCAGUUAAACACUGGGGCAGUAAGGGUGCUGUUUAAUGAUGGUUCCCAGCUAGUUGUUCAGCCUGGAGUCUCCUCUAUAGUGUACACAGCGCCAAAUGGGCAAGUGACCAGGCACGGAGAAAAUGACAAGCUUCCGGAAUAUAUAAAAAAUAAACUACAGUGCCUCUCUUCCAUCUUGAUGCUCUUCGCAAAUUCAUCAAGCCACUCGUGACCAUAAGCCAGGGGUCUCAAACAGGUGGUCCUCCAGAUGUUGCAAAAACUUCAUCUCCCAGCAUGCCUGGACAGCCAUGGGCUGCAGCUAACUGUCAUGCAUGCUGGGAGUCAGUUUUACAACAUCUGGGGGGCCACCAGUUUAAGAUCCCUGCUAAGCCUUCUGUAUUAACCUUUUAAGGUUCUUAACUCACAAUACAUGAUCAUUUUUGCUUAUCAACUAGGCUUAAGACUUUUUGCCUUUUGUCAGGUUUUUCCUUCCUAAUACCUUAAUGAUGUCUUUAAAUUCUGGCAUAAUAUGUACAUAACAUGGAGAGGCAGAAUCGAAUAUAAUGGAUGAUUCCUUUUUGUAGAACUGUCUGUAUGUAAAUGUUGUAUGUAUUUUGUAAUAUGAAAAGUAUUUUUAUUUUAAUUUAUAUAUUUGUAACCAUGCUAAAAAAAAAAUCUUCCUGCAGAAAUAUCCAUAAUAAAUGCAGUGACAAGAUUUUUAACAGAUCUUCUUUCCAUUAAAUGGUUCUGUAGCAUUAAAGAGGAAUUCUUU